GACACAGGGCCACCCGCCAUAACGAACGUAGCGUGGUGUGGAGAGUGCGUUUGAAUGAAUGUUGGCCGUUUUUAUUUAAAAUAAUUGUGAUAAAGACUCAUUGCUGAUUCGGGUUAGUGGCGAAAAACAAAUGUUCAUGAACAUCUUCAAUCAAGUGAUGUGAAUGUUCAGUCGAAAAACAAUUUGUUUUGUAUUUGAAAUGAUGAAUAUGGAUGUUGCCCAGAAAUUAAAUUUCGACGCUUACGAUAUUGAGGACGAGGAGCUCAACAUCAGCUGUCGCACUAACAGUUCGGGAUGCGAUGUUGAUGAUGUGUUAGAUUCAUCUGAGGAUUUUACACCCUCCCCACAACCUAGACAAUUGUUUAACUCAAUGGACUGUAGUGACAGUGAUAAUUCGCCGAUUCAUGACAAAACACCAGCUAUCGUCGUGACAGGGACGAGUGCCAGAAAUUCCCAUCGUGACUGUGGCCCUCAUUCGAGACUGGCAAUGGCCUGCAGUCCACCUUACAAGAGGGUAAGAGCCCUCCGACUAUUUGAUUCUCCAGCAACACCAAAAACAUUGAUUGAAAAAAGUACAAUGCAUACGCCAGUGCCAUCGAGAUGUAGCAGAUUAUUUCCGGGUGAUAAACCGAGACCAGUGGCCUCGAGCUACCAGUCAAAGAGUGACAAACCAACCGCUAAUGUCAAUCCUUUUACACCUAAUGGAAUGUUGCUGACAGCCAGAAAGAGGAGUAGAUCAAAACGUAGUCUCAAUGGUUCACCCGGCAUAAGGAUACCAAAGUUUGAUCUUCCCGACACAGAUGACUCAGACACAGAGAUAGAGCAGCCAACGAAACGCGUUGCUUUGAACGAAUCCAACAUUCCCCGAUAUAAGCAGGAAUUCCAUGAGUUGAAAUUGAUAGGUGCUGGUGAAUUUGGUUCAGUCUACAAAUGUAUAAAUCGUCUCGAUGGAUGUACAUAUGCGAUAAAGAAGAGCCUCAAACCCGUGGCAGGCAGUGUUAAUGAGAAAAAUGCACUGAACGAGGUUUACGCACACGCUGUCCUCGGUAAACAUCAGCACGUGGUGCGUUAUUACUCCGCAUGGGCCGAGGACAAUCAUAUGAUUAUUCAAAAUGAAUUUUGCAAUGGUGGCAGUUUGGCGGAUGACAUUAUUAAACGCCAGAAAGAAAAUCGUGCCUUCACCGAAGCUGAACUGCAUCAGUUGCUUCUACAUGUUGCCGAGGGGCUCAGGUACAUUCAUAGCAUGCAGUUAGUUCACAUGGACAUCAAACCUGGCAACAUCUUUAUAUCUAAGGAGAAACGGCUGUUGGCACUGAAUUAUGACUCUGCUGAUGAUGGAUUCGAUGAAGAGGAGACUCUCGAGGAGGAAAUCACGUAUAAAAUCGGCGAUCUAGGUCAUGUUACGUCUAUCAGUAAUCCCACUGUCGAAGAGGGCGAUUGCAGAUAUUUAACAACUGAAAUAUUACAUGAAGAUGUUUCACAUUUGACCAAAGCUGAUAUUUUUGCACUUGGGCUUACGGUUUAUGAAGCAGCGGGUGGUGGCCCGUUACCAAAAAAUGGACCUGAGUGGCAUUCUAUUAGGCAGGGCAAUUUAAAGGAGCUGCCGCAGUACAGCAGAGAUCUUAAUGAACUGCUCAAGCUUAUGAUUCAUCCAAAUCCUGAAACAAGACCUUCAGCAGUGUCCCUCAUCCAGCACCGGGUACUCUGUCCAUUUGGCAAUAAAACAAAGGCCCAAUUGCGACGUGAACUCAAUGAGGAAAAACAAAAGAAUGAAAUAUUAUUGAAACAACUUCAAGAGGCUGCCAAGUGUCUCAACACAAUUGCUCCAAACGUGACUGCCAUUAAUAAUUCGUUGACAUCGAGUGGUUACAGGCUGAGGCCAACGCCAAACAGAACAUCAUCCAGAGCCAUAGGUAAAAAAAUCAAUCGUAGCAGUAGUACAACCAAUUUUUAAGAAUCUCGAUUCAACGAUGAGCACGACAGGUUUUUUUAUAGUUUUAAAAUACUUUGAAUGGGCAAGGGCCGGGAGAGGGGGUGCCUAGAGGUGCCUUGAUAAUGUGAUAUCAUAUUAACUCUAGAAUAAUAAAAGAUUCCAUUUAAAAUUUCACUAAAUGCCGUGAGAAUGCUGAGAGAAAAACUGAAACAAAUGAAAUUCAUAAAAAUUGUCCAAUGUACGCAGAGUAGAGCCCAUUGAGAAUCAUAAUUUUCAAAAAUUCUAAUUAUAAUAAUUUUUUCCCAAAAAAUAAUUUUAUCAUUCACAAUUGAUUUUACAUUAUCAAACAAACCAGAAUUCACAAAUGGGAAUUGAAUAUCAAUCAUUUUUUAUGUUAUUGCUAUAAUGUUUUGAAUAUACCAUCCCUUUCGAAUGGGAAAAAAAUCGGUUGAAUGAUUUGUUUCUGAAUUAUCAAUUGAUUAUCAUCAAAUAUCAGUGAAAAUCUACUCCACGUACGUUAAAAUAUCUAGCUCAGAAUCACUGAGAAUUCGAUAAACAAACAUCUAAAAAUCACUAUAGAAACGUUUUAUAAGAUUAAAUUAUUUUUGUAGCAGUUUUAAUCGUCUUCGAUUAUUAUUAUUAAUAUUAUUAUUAUUACUCCAUCUUUCUACUAUAAUUGUUGCAACGUGUUUCUUUUUUUUUUAUCAAAUUCCUGGUUAAAACAGGAUUAAAACUUUCGUGUAAAUAGUGAGUCAUUGGCAAAAUGGACAAAGUUAUUUUAAAUGCGCAUUUAGGUUUUCUCAGGCAGUUAAAAACAAUCACAAACUUGUUUUCUCAUAUUUUAUUGUGUUAUAAUGACUCAAUGCAACAAAAGACUCAUGAAAAACAAAGUAUUCAAAACAUUUUCAACAUUUUUGCUUUUUGAGUAAAGAGAGAAAUCUCUCCAAUUUCAGUAGAAACAGUAAUUAACUAUAACCCCUGUGUUGACUCGCUCUGUAAUUAGUAGCAACGAAUUAGCUAUGUGAUCAUCACGAACUCUUAAAAAUGAGAGCAAUUCAAUUUUGUACGAGGAGAAAAAAAAAAAUUGAAUUGAACAGAUUUAUUUUACGGACAGAACAAAUGGAUUUUUUAAAGUAAAUAUGAGUGAGACGAUAACAAAAAAAGAUGAAAUAGUUAUGCCAAUGAGGGUGGAGCCCUGGCAGGAAGGAGGCUGCAUGCGGCAGUUGCCAUUUUUUAUAAAGCCGAGCAGGAAAAAUAAGAAAAAAAGAUUUGUUAUUUUACAUUAUUCGCUAUUAAUCUAUUAAUAUUAUUUUUAUUAUAUUAUUAUACGAAAAAUCAAUGAAAGAAAAAGGAAUAAACAAAACGUCGUAGUGUA